UUGUCUUUUUGUUACCUUUGAAUGAGCCCUUUAUAUCUACAUAGGGAGCAGGUCCUCUUCCACGGAGGCCGCCAUGUUGCACCGCCAUGUUUCUACAGUAGCUCAGAACGGACAAAACAUACACACCUAUAUAGUAUUUAUACACUGUAAAUCAUUCAGUAGCGUCGCUGACAUUUCCCAGGCAAUGAAUCACGUUACACUGCGAUAACACAUCAAACUACAAACUACAGGAACAUUGCUACAUGUAAAGCACAGAGCUGCUAUGUAAAUACCACUUUGUGUUGUAUUGGUAUUGUUCAUAUCGCACAGACCAGGUAGGAAUAUAAUAAAAUAAUUUUAUAAAUACAAACCUGUUACUUCUCUUUGGUCCCUUUGGAGGGCUUCCACUCUCUCCUCUUCUUCUCUCGAAACUCUCGCUGUGGUAGCUCUCCUCCCUCGCCUGGCCCUGACUGCUGCACCACCUCUGCCUCUCCGCCCUCUGCCUCUCCCUCUCUCUCUAACUUCCCUAACGUUCCCGGGUGGUCUAUCCGGUCUUUGACUCUCUUCAGUUGGUUGCAAUCUGCAACCUCACCGCUAGAUGUCACUAAAUCCUACACACUGCACCUUUAACACAAAUAAGAAGUGCACAACCCAAAAAAAAUAAAUUGUAUGUACAUUCAGGCUAACCAGAAAUUAUGAAAUAUUUUGUCUUUGAUGCAGAAAGAAAGACUGGGGAUGAAACUGCCUCUGAGCCUUUGAGAAAGAAGGCAAGGAUUGAGGAACCUGAUCAGACCCAAGUCCAAGACGCCACGAAUGAAACUGACUCUGGGUCCACUCCGAAUUUUACAGGCUGGACCCUCUCCAAAUUGCUGGAGCAUGUUGAGGAUCCAGUUAACAUGAAACAUCUGGUAACUUCAUUGGAACAAAGACUUGAAGACGGAGAGAUGGAACAACUUGAAUGCAAGCUACAGAACCGUGCACUUAAAAAUGCAGUUUCUUUAAACCAUAAAGCCUUUAGGGAUAUAUGUAUCAACAAGGAACUGACAACAUUUUUGGCAUCCAAAAGCCAGGCAAAAUUUCCCAAACUGGCUAUUGAACAGUUUUUUACAGGGGGUUCCAAAGGGAGACCUAAGCCUUUAAGAACCCAGGAUGAGCCAGAAAAGGACAACGGCGACUCUGGAACAAUGCAGAACUGGCAAUCUGCAGAGCCUUCUAGAAUGCAGGAAGAGAGUUUUGACCAAAAUAGCCCUGGAGUCCAGAACAUGACAGGGAUGGACACAGAAUUAUCUGUUCCUAUACCUCAAUCUACUCUCUGUCAUUCCAAAAUGGAAACCAAUUCAAUCAGAAUGCAAAAAUCGCUGAGUGUGUCUUCUGACAAAGGUUAUGAUACCCAAAAGUCUUCACUGAGCAUCCUCGACCCACCACAAGAAGCCCAAAGAGAAUUCAAGACCAGCAUGACCACACCUUCAGAGUGUCAACAGUCAAUCUCUGGUGAGGCUGUAGCUGAAGAUGGAGCUACGACCUCAGAAGCUACCUCAGCUGCUACACCUGCAGCUAUAGCCUCAGCUGCUACAGCUAAAUUGGCAGCUAUAGCCUCACCUGCUACAGCAAAAUCUGCAGAUACUGCAUCAUCUCCAACUGCAGAUACAGAUACAGCCUCCUCAGUAGCUGUAGCUGCAAAUGGCGACCUAACCAAAAAUGGCAAUUCUAGAAAACAACAAAACAGAAAAGUAUAUAAAAAGACCACUGAGGAAAUGCUGAGGAAAAACCGGAAAGACAUUUUACUCAAAUUUUUUGAAAAAAUCCCCCCGACUUCAGGAACCGUUCGGAAGAUGGAGGAACUAGAGAAAAUUAGAAUUGUAGACUGUCGAGAACACCCGAGUUGCCCUUUACUGCUGGCUGACCACUGCAUUGUGUUUCACGAAGCAAACCAAAAACAACUAAUUGAAAUUUUAGAUUCUGCAGCAUUCAGAAAGGAUAGCGAGUUAAAGGAGGAAUUCCGUUUUAAAGUGCAGUUUCACAUGUGGUUGUUGGACAUUUCUAAAACUGUGGUUCUCUCAAAAAAAGAGGAUCCCCCUUAUGUGGAAAUUCAGGCAGAUUCUUUUGAAGCAGAGGAGAAACGUUUUCAGCAGUAUCUCCACAAAGUUGUUAUUCCUUUAUUUGCUGUGUAUAAGAAAGUUCAACGGGAAAGGGAAUUGUGAAGAAAGUGAUCUUACCUUGAACUGCACAUAGAAGUCAGAACUACGUUAAAAAAAA